AUUGUUUUUUAUUGCUUCUCUGAGGUGGCUUUUGAAAGAGACUCAAGUGACACAUGUUUGAGAAGGGUUUAAAAGUUGGACACGGCUGGAUGAGGCAUUAUUCGUCUGCUGAGGAGCAGAAGAUUGGUACUUCUGUGGACGCGUGUGACCAUUUGGGCACCAAAUCCAGCAAUGAAUAAUUCAACAGGCUGUUCGGCCAGUGCCACGGUUUGCAAUGGGUCAUCCUGUGUGCUGACUGAGAGUAAUUUCAAUAACAUCCUCAGCGUGGUCCUGAGCACUGUCUUGACCAUCCUCUUGGCCAUGGUGAUGUUCUCCAUGGGAUGCAAUGUGGAAAUCAAGAAAUUCCUAGGACACGUAAAGCGGCCGUGGGGCAUAUGCGUUGGCUUCCUCUGUCAGUUUGGAAUCAUGCCCCUCACGGGAUUCAUCCUGUCAGUGGCCUUUGACAUCCUUCCUGUCCAAGCCGUAGUGGUACUCAUCAUGGGAUGUUGUCCCGGAGGAACCGCCUCCAAUAUCUUGGCCUACUGGGUCGAUGGCGACAUGGACUUGAGCAUCAGUAUGACCACAUGCUCCACGCUGCUUGCCCUGGGAAUGAUGCCGCUGUGCCUCUUUAUCUAUACCAAAAUGUGGGUCGACUCUGGGACCAUCAUAAUUCCCUUUGAUAACAUAGGUACAUCUUUGGUUGCUCUUGUUGUUCCCGUUUCCAUUGGAAUAUUUGUUAACCACAAAUGGCCCCACAAAGCCAAGAUCAUUCUUAAGAUCGGGUCCAUCACAGGUGCAAUCCUUAUUGUGCUCAUAGCUGUCGUUGGAGGAAUUCUAUACCAGAGCGCCUGGACCAUCGCUCCCAAACUGUGGAUCAUAGGGAUGUUAUUUCCUUUGGCUGGUUACUCCCUAGGGUUUUUACUGGCUAGAAUAGCUGGUCAGUCCUGGCACAGGUGCCGAACAGUUGCUUUGGAAACGGGGAUGCAGAACACUCAGCUGUGCUCCACUAUCGUGCAGCUCUCCUUCACCCAGGAGGAGCUCAACGUCGUGUUCACUUUCCCGCUCAUCUACAGCAUUUUCCAGCUCGCCUUUGCGGGAAUCUUCCUAGGCAUUUAUGUGGCAUACAAGAAAUGUCAUGGAAAGAACGACAUGGAAUUUCCAGAAAGCAAAGACAUCGAAACAGUCUCUGGGUCAUCGUUCUCAAAGGUGAACGGAGGAUUUCAGCCAGAUAACAAGUAGACACCAAGUGGACAAAAAAGAAGAAUUCUAAAGUACACGUUCUGCGAUAACAGUAUCUGUUUGUUUUUGUUGGGAUACUUGGCAGGAAAGGGUUAAGAUGAAAAUUUAAAUUCCAAUUGAAUCCAUAUAUUGGUUUUGGUACCAAGUGACUGGUGGCCCAAAUCCUUAAUGUGACAAAUAUUUAUAUGUAUAUAUGUACUGUCUUUGAAAUAUGCCCGAGAAAUGUCCUCAGACCACAGACUAUACCUGACACUGGUAACACUGAGAACCUCAUAACUCCUAAACCGGAUUCUUACUCAGAAUCUCAAAACGCAGAGAUGAGCACCUGACUUUAUGUAUCUUAAGAUAGAUGCAACGAAUUAUUAUUAUUAUAAAGUGAUCAAGACUUUCUUCAGUAUUUAUGAUUGUAAGAAGAUUGAAAUGAACAUCUUCCACUGACAUGUUAA